GAGGAGGUGGAGGAGGUGGAGGAGGUGGAGGAGAGCAAGAAAGGGGAGGAAGAAGAGAGCAAAAGCAGUGAAGCUUGUGUGGAAGAGGAGGGAGGGCAGGCAGUGGCAGUUUGGAAUGUUGGAGAGGCUCUGUGUGUGUGUGUGUGGGGGGGGUGUGUGUGUGUGUGUGUGUGUGUGUGUGUAAUUUACUAAAAUCAGUAUGAAUGACAGUGCUGGGUUUCUCUAUCAUGGUCUGUGUUCUGAUGGCUACCAGAGUUACCAUGUUGUUCAUCCAACUAUGUGAUUGAGAUUAUCUGGCAUGACAGAGAGGGCUAAAGAAAUAUAGUAAAGGCUACAGUCUGUUCAGAUGCCAUAGGUGAGAUAGGGUCUGUUUAAUCUACACAAAAAGUAGUCAAAGAGGAAAUUGAAGGAACGCUGAAUAAACUGUGCAAGAUGUGGAAGCAAGAAAAGCAGAUAGAUAGAAUGGUGGAGAGGUAGAGGGGGACGAGUGUAGUUUAAAAAAAACUCGUAUCAAUCUACCUCAAGCUGUCGCAGCUCUUCUUCCUCCUAGAAAGGAUGAGAUUAAGUGUCAGUGGUGUAGAUGGAGGGGUCAGAGGUGUCACCAGAGGCAUGCGCUAUAGGAAAAGUAUGUUGUUUAAAAUGGAAUCUACAGGGAUAGUUCAGGCUGACAGGAAGGAAGCAGCUACAGGACUAGGGAAGAAAUGAGGAAGAGGAAGGCUAAAAGAGAGGGGAGACGGACAGAGGUUUGGAGGGCGUGAACACAGGCUACUGAUGAGGGAACGAACAGCAGAUAGAUCACAAGACAAGCUCUUCCGUCCCACAACACAAAGGCUUCUGAUCUCUGCCAGACAAACCCACACAGCUGGUGACUAAGGGAACAACCAGAGAAAUUCACAGUCGCAGACAUCCAGUUACCUCCGACCCCAAAUCCUCUUCUCCCUGGAAAACCAAACCAAGAGAUGGGGAAAAGGGCAAAGGGGGGAGGGGUCAAUGUGUGGAGGAGGUACAAGGAGUUGCUGGAGGAGGAGACCCUCUUGCAGAUAGCUUUACAUGCAUGAUUCAACAUGAACCAAGCUGGAGCCCUAAAAUAUUUAGUUCAGCUUAAUUAUCUUUAUGUGACUUUAUUGGAUUUAUUUAGACUUACUGUACUAUCCUUGUUACUGUAUCUGGUGUUAACUACUUAUACAAUAUAUAUUUAAAUGUAGACAGAGUAGCAGCUAAACGAGCAUUACAUUUUUCAAAAUCAAAUCAUCAAACUAUCUUAUCAAAUGACAAAUAGGAAUGUUAUUGACUAGGGUAUCUAAUGAUUAUAUCACUAAGGUGGCAUGCCAUAGAAAAUAUCAGUAGUGUUCUAAAACUGUGUCAAGGAUUAAGAUGAAAUGCAUCCAAACAUACAGCAAUCCCUCCACAGGAGACCUGUGGAAAAUGAGACGGGGACAAAAACUACAAAAGAAGGAAGAGGGGUUUCAAGCAUUCAUUACAUUUACAUUUUAGUCAUUUAGCAGACGCUCUUAUCCAGAGCGACUUACAGUUAGUGAAUACAUAUUUUUUUAUACUGGCCCCCCGUAGAAACGCUACACCAAAGAAGAAUAUGUGAGGUUAGUUGUCUGGACAUUGGACACAGACCACAAUCACAAGGAUGCAAACAAACCACACAUUAAAACUGAACACCCAAGGCCCUUAGCUCAGAAACUGAGACUACAGUAUUUAAUUAAUUCAAUUUAAGGACUGAACACUACAGCUAUUGAACAUCGAACACAAUUCAAAGUAAAUGUAAAUGUAGAUCUACCUCAGAAACCGGCUGAUCGUCUUCUCCCUAAAACAACGAAUAGUAAUGAUUGGCUUUGGAUCAACUCACUUGCUUUCACCAGGUUACUGUAACUAGGAAAUACAGAUUUUAACAAAUGGAUUAUUACUACACUGCUCAAAAAAAUAAAGGGAACACUUAAACAACACAAUGUAACUCCAAGUCAAUCACACUUCUGUGAAAUCAAACUGUCCACUUAGGAAGCAACACUGAUUGACAAUAAAUGUCACAUGCUGUUGUGCAAAUGGAAUAGACAACAGGUGGAAAUUAUAGGCAAUUAGCAAGACACCCCCAAUAAAGGACUGGCUUUGCAGGUGGUGACCACAGACCACUUCUCAGUUCCUAUGCUUCCUGGCUGAUGUUUUGGUCACUUUUGAAUGCUGCCGGUGCUUUCACUCUAGUGGUAGCAUGAGACGGAGUCUACAACCCACACAAGUGGCUCAGGUAGUGCAGCUCAUCCAGGACGGCACAACAAUGCGAGCUGUGGCAAGAAGGUUUGCUGUGUCUGUCAGCGUAGUGUCCAGAGCAUGGAGGCGCUACCAGGAGACAGGCCAGUACAUCAGGAGACGUGGAGGAGGCCGUAGGAGGGCAACAACCCAGCAGCAGGACUGCUACCUCCGCCUUUGUGCAAGGAGGAGCAGGAGGAGCACUGCCAGAGGCCUGCAAAAUGACCUCCAGCAGGCCACAAAUGUGCAUGUGUCUGCUCAAACGGUCAGAAACAGACUCCAUGAGGGUGGUAUGAGGGCCCGACGUCCACAGGUGGGGAUUGUGCUUACAAUCCAACACCGUGCAGGACGUUUGGCAUUUGCCAGAGAACACCAAGAUUGGCAAAUUCGCCACUGGCGCCCUGUGCUCUUCACAGAUGAAAGCAGGUUCACACUGAGCAUGUGACAGACGUGACAGAGUCUGGAGAAGCCGUGGAGAACGUUCUGCUGCCUGCAACAUCCUCCAGCAUGACCGGUUUGGCGGUGGGUCAGUCAUGGUGUGGGGUGGCAUUUCUUUGGGGCGCCGCACAGCCCUCCAUGUGCUCGCCAGAGGUAGCCUGACUGCCAUUAGGUACCGAGAUGAGAUCCUCAGACCCCUUGUGAGACCAUAUGCUGGUGCGGUUGGCCCUGGGUUCCUCCUAAUGCAAGACAAUGCUAGACCUCAUGUGGCUGGAGUGUGUCAGCAGUUCCUGCAAGAGGAAGGCAUUGAUGCUAUGGACUGGCCCGCCCGUUCCCCAGACCUGAAUCCAAUUGAGUACAUCUGGGACAUCAUGUCUCGCUCCACCCACGAACGCCACGUUGCACCACAGACUGUCUAGGAGUCAUCAGGAGCAUGCCCAGGCGUUGUAAGGAGGUCAUACAGGCACGUGGAGGCCACACACACUACUGAGCCUCAUUUUGACUUGUUUUAAGGACAUUACAUCAAAGAUGGAUCAGCCUGUAGUGUGGUUUUCCACUUUAAUUUUGAGGGUGACUCCAAAUCCAGACCUCCAUGGGUUGAUAAAUUUGAUUUCCAUUGAUAAUUUUUGUGUGAUUUUGUUGUCAGCACAUUCAACUAUGUAAAGAAAAAAGUAUUUAAUAAGAUUAUUUAAUUCAUUCAGAUCUAGGAUGUGUUAUUUUAGUGUUCCCUUUAUUUUUUUGAGCAGUGUACAAUCCAAUAACAUCACAAGUGCUUUGAUAUCUAUUGACACAUAAGUCUGAUGGAUAUAUUCAGUUGAACCUAUUCAAUAGCAUAUAACUUAAUAUCUUAUCAAUAACGAGUUUACAGUGGUUCACUCCGUAGUGAACAACAGUGCCCAGAGUAACACUAACACAUGUCUCGGUUUACUCCGCGUCUGUUUGUUUGUGCCACAGCACAUUGUAUUCAACACCAGCAUUCGCUUCUGAGGCACUUCUGAGCCCAGCAGAACACAACAGUGGUAUGAGACAUUAAAACAAUGUGAAAUUUGACCUUUGCUGAUCAGUCAGGCUUUUGCCUUUAUAUAACCUUUACCAUUCUCAAUACAGCUUUCAUGUCACAAUAAAAGCAUUAAUUAAUGAAUGAAGCUGCUGGUGAGUGAGAAACUUUGCAAGUGUAUAUAGCAUGUUAUUAAGCAUGUAUGAUGUAAUCAUGUUUUGGCUAGCAGACAUAGCUGGGCCUGGGCAUUGGCAGAGAAACUUCAUAGUACUGAUUUAUAAUCAGGGACUAUGGCCAGGAAAACAUAGACCUAACAUCUGUAUGUCCCUUUUAGACCUACAUGUAUAUGCUUUGUUUAGAAUAGUUGAAUGACUAAAAAAGUUAAUAAUUUACUUAAUUCCAGAAUAUUAGAGUUCAAUAAAGGCACAAUGUAGUAUGGAACCAUGUGCCAGGUCUAUUGGAUCCAGGCUAAAAGCGUUACUUAGUGGGGCAGAUGGCACAAUGCAGAGAGCAAUGGCUGUUAUUAAUGAUAAUGCCCUUCAUAUCAGGCAUUACUCCGGUGGACACAGUGUCGCCUGUUACCUUAGCCUCCUCAUCCUCUACUUCUUCCUGUUUAGGAUAAGAGAGAAAAACAGUGAGAAAAACAUGACUCCCAAAUUUCUAUUUGAUUUCAAUACUUUUCAGAAAUGUAAAAACACUUUACCUGGGCUUCUUCCUCCUUCACGGGGGCCUUCUGACAGAAAGGGUAGAAAAUAGAAAAGAUUGUGUAUCAGUAUUUUUAGAAUGAUAGCAUGACCUCAAGGAGACAUGUGGGAAACAGAGAACCUCUCCUCAAACAUGGAUGAGACACUUCUACAUGGGAGGUCGUGCAACUUGAACAGAUCUCACAGAUCAGGCACAUUGAACAACAACAUUGUGGGAUUUCCAGAGGACCCCCACCAACACAUACACACCUAGACAUGGAUGGACAGUGGAACGACACAUACACACCUAGACAUGGAAACACAUACAACACAUACACACCUAGACAUGGUUGUGGAACAAAGGACAUAGUACAUAUAAAAGAAAAUCAAGACCAAUGACUAUGUAGCAGUCAUUGAGAUGACACAAAGGCUGCAAAUGGAGUCAAUUAAAACUAAAAAACUAAACAACAAACAAAGAGAUUACAGUUAACUAAUACAGAACAGAGAAGUGGUUGAACAUCCAACAGAUCUAAGGAACAAACAGAACAGUCAACAGUCAAUAGAAACAGUUACAGAACAGUCAAUUGAAACAGUUAUGGGACAGUCAAUAUAACAGUAUACAGGUGGGUUAGUAUGGUCCAGAGUUGAGGAGGAGACGAGGACAACAGGAGCUCGAGGGAAACAAAACCCUGAGGUAGAGGAAAAUAAAACAUUAAAGAGAUAGAGAUGUCACGGGAGGACACAGCACAGGAUUCUGGGAGACAAUUACAGUGUCUUCUGCGGCUUCCUCCUCCUCCUCUGAAACCUUCUCUUCUGCGGCCUCUUCUGCUGCCUCCUCUCCUGUUUCUCCUCCCACCUCUGCUUCCAUCUCCUCUGUGUGUUCAUCUCCAUUGCACUCCUCCAUCGGAACCUCUCUUUCCUAGAGUGAAAACACCCAUGUGCCGUCAAGGGGGAAAAUACUAUGUAUUCGAAUAGUAAUGACUCAGCAGCUGUCAUGGGCACACAAACACCAGGAGGGGAGCAGCCCUACUGCUGGAGUCACAUGUUCAAAGACAUCACAGAGUAAGGCAUCAGCAUCAGCAGCUCCUCUGAGUAAAGGAAAAUGCAUGAAUAAAUGAAGGGAAAUUACAUAUGGUUACAAGGUGAUGAAUAGCAGCAUAUUGGUGCUGUGGAGAGAAAUGAGAGGUUUGCAAUGAUGUAUGCUGUAGCAAGGAAGACUGCAUAUUAUCACACUGCCGGAAGCCAGCUAAAUCAGUCCAGUCAACAGUACCACAUCAUUGCAACUUAAAUGGAAAAUAAACCGGCCUGGUACUCUGGAUAACUGCGAAAGCAGAGGGCGGCUGAACUGUUUUCCCAGAAAUACCCAUGAAGCUGGUCCAGUAAAAUGAACUCAAUUUGCACUCUUCUUGAAACAGCACCCUCUAAAAGCCUGUGGAAUUUGUUAGAGGAAGAUCACAGGUUCAGCUGGGCAAUACUUUCUCUGCUGUCCCUGGCCACCUCCUUGAAAAAAAAUAUAAAAAAUAAUUUCUCUGUGAUGCUCAUGCACCAGGUCAAUCUCUUCGGUUUGGCAGCAUCCCAAAGUGAGUUGAGAAGUUUGCUUAAUGUACUUUUUUCUUAAUAUAUCUCCAUAUAAAUGUUCAUAUCAUAAUUUUUUACAACAGCAUCAGACUCUUCUGUAAGAACAGUCCUAUUAUACAAAAAGGUUAUGCUGGAUGGGAGGAAACCGGGGAGAAAUGGUAAAGGUGAGACAGGGACUGAGGGGAUCAGAGAAAGGUAUUACUAGUGUGUCAUCAAGGUUCUCCUCCUCAACCUCCUCAGCUUCAAGGUUCUCUUCAUCCUCAGCAUCAUCAGUUCCGUUCACAACGGUCUCACUCUCAACGGUUCCGUUCUCAACGGUCUCAUUCUCAACAGUCCCAUUUUCAACAGGCCCAUUCUCAACAGUCCCAUUUUCAACAGGCCUAUUCUCAAGGAUAAAUGCCUUUUCCGCCUCUUUCGCUUCCUGCACCAAGGAAAAUUGGCAGGUUGUUUAACACAGUUGCAUCAUCCUCAACUACGUUAGCCUACAUGUCACAUUGUAUCCCUCUCAUACAAUUAACCUCACUAACUCCUACUUGCCCUCCAAAGGAAUAUGAUAUGUGGAGUGCACUCAGACAUGUCUCAACCUACUAAAGGCAAUUGAGCGAAAACAAAUUAGGAGGACAAUACAUGGCUGAGCAUUUCAGCUAAACAAACAUUAAAACUGCCUGGCCCUGACAUGGAGGUGAACCAUUUUGGGGCGAGUUUAUUUGCAUUAUAAAAUCCCUUGAGUGGAAAACACGUUGUGUGGUUGUAAUCUAUAGCUAAAAAGCUAUAUAAACAUAAUUAAAAUUUUAGAAAAGUAAGUGAAAGUUGAAUUCCAACCUUGGACCCUGGAGGAGGUGGCAGACCCAGGAAGGCAUACACUGCAUUGUCUUCUUUGGCGUCAAAGAAUGUCUCGUAGUCCUAUGGUAAAAGACAAAUGAGACAUUUCUGUUUAGUCCCCAAUCGUUUUCUCAGCCUUUGAAUGGACACUUUCCCCCCACCUUUACCUGAACCAUUCAGUAGGGAGUAGGCUUGUUGGUCACCACACCUUCUACAUGAUCUUGUUAUGCUCACCCCACAGUAGCUCUCUUCGUUGAAGAUCUGAGGGGGUAGGGGGAUCCCGUUGGUGGGCUUUUUCUCCACAGGGACAUUUUCCCUCAUCCACAUGCGGUUGUCCUCAUUGCAGGCAAUGUCCAAUUGAGCGUAGUCCACUUUGAGGGCUUCCAGGAACCCAAGCACAUCCUGUUGCUUCUUUUUGAUCUGGACCAUCACACAGGUGUACAGGCAGACAACAAACACAGUAUAGAUAGGUUUAUUCUUUAUGAGAUCAUGUUUGGCUGCUUUUUUCUAUUAUUAGGUUGGGGAGAGUAGAAGACUAAUACAUUAAUGAAAGCUUUUCACUUCUUGUUUUAUAGUUUCUGGACAAAGAACCCAUUCACAUAUCAUACACUAUAUAUACAAAAGUAUGUGGACACGCCCUUCAAAUUAGUGGAUUCAGCUAUUUCAGCCACAUCCGUUGCUGACAGGUGUAUAAAAUCGAGCACACAGCCAUCGAUCUCCAUAGACAAACAUUGGCAGUAGAAUGGCACAGUGACUUUCAAUGUGGCACCAUCAUAGGAUGCCACCUUUCCAACAGGUCAGUUCGUCAAAUGUCUGCCGUGCUAGAGCUGCCCCGGUAAGUGCUGUUAUUGUGAAGUGGAAACAUCUAGGAGAAACAACAGCUCACCCGCGAAGUGGUAGGCCACAAAAGCUCACAGAACGGGCCUGCAGAGUGCUGAAGCGCGUAAAAAUCGUCUGUUCUCGGUUGCAACACUCACUUCCGAGUUCCAAACUGCCUCUGGAAGCAACGUCAGCACAAGAACUGUUUGUCGGGAGCUUCAUGAAAUGGGUUUCCAUGGCCGAGCAGCUGAACACAAGCCUAAAUUCACCAUGUGCAAUGCCAAGCGUUGGCUGGAGUGGUGUAAAGCUCGCUGCCAUUGGACUCUGGAGCAGUGGAAACGCGUUCUCUGGAGUGGUGAAUCACGCUUCAUCAUCUGGCAGUCCGACGGACGAAUCUGGGUUUGGCGGAUGCCAGGAGAACGCUACCUGCCCCAAUGCAUAGUGCCAACUGUAAAGUUUGGUGGAGGAGGAAUAAUGGUCUGGGGCUGUUUUUCAUGGUUCGGUCUAGGCCCCUUAGUUCCAGUAAAGGGAAAUCGUAAAGCUACAGCAUACAAUGACAUUCUAGACGAUUCUGUGCUUCCAGCUUUGUGUUAACAGUUUGGGGAAGGCCCUUUCCUGUUUUAGCAUGACAAUGCCACCAUGCACAAAGCAAGGUCCAUACAGAAAUGGUUUGUCGAGAUCCAUGUGGAAGAACUUGACUGGCCUGCACAGAGCCCUGACCUCAACCCCAUCGAACACCUUUGGGAUGAAUUGGAACGCCGACUGCGAGCCAGGCCUAAUCGUCCAACAUCAGUGCCCAACCUCACUAAUGUAGCUGAAUGGAAGCAAGUCCCUGUAGCAAUGUUCCACCAUCUAGUGGAAAGCCUUCCCAGAAGAGUGGAGGCUGUUAUUGCAGCAAAGGUGGACCAACUCCAUGUUAAUGCCCAUAAUGUUGGAAUGAGAUGUUCGACGAGCAGGUGUCCACAUACUUUUGGUAAUGUAGUGUACAUUUUCUUUGAUACUGUAGAUUAGGUUUGAGGUAAUUCAAAUAUAUUCCAGAAGGUUCUGCAAGUGAAUGCAUGGUGAUUCAUUUUCAACAGAUUGCUGUUGCAGGUUUGGAAUGUGAUCUCAGCGACGGUCAAGAUAUAUAAGGAAACUCGGGUAGUCCCAGUGCUCCUCAACUGAGAAGUUAGACCCAAAUAAUGGUACUAAAAGUUGACAAACCGCUAAAUUGCCUAUAAUAAUUUGAACCGAUUUUAAUCUGUUUGCCAGUCACAUAAACGCAUGAAUUAAGAGCUGAACAAAAGUCGUGGGAAACCGGCCAACAAAGUUAAUAGCAUUUAAAAACAAAGACUCGGGUAAAUGCUUACCGCUGUUGAUCCAGAUGAAGAAGCUAGAAAUACUUUUAUAACCAUUUUGUUACAAUGCGUUCUGUAGAAUGAGGUAGUAGCGUAGGUUAUUAAAGAUAAAGGCUGCCUCCCCUAAUAGUAGAGCGCACCCAUGACAUUACUCUGCGAACACAAGCCACACCACUGAGGCUAUUUUUGUCCCUAAACUCUCCAUCACCGCAGGAUUGGUGGGCCAGGUUUCUAGGGGUGCAGCGCUAACCGAAUGAUUGGCAACUUCAGCUGUCUGUCGGCAUGGGGACCACAAAGUUAGUUUGCAGCUACUUGCAAAGUGCAUAUAUGGACAGAAAUAGCCACUGACCAACAGAGCAACUAGUGAAAACAAAACCAAGAGUUAAAACGGGCGGUUGCAAUGUAUGCUGUUGGACCAUGUUUAUCUAUAGGCCUAACAGUUUUUUUUUGUAGAUCUACAGUGUGCGUGUUUAUUAUAGGCUAGUGUGUCGUUUUUUUUCUUGUAGUAUAUCCUGAAAGUUGAUCAAAACAAACAAUUGCGAACAUGUACUAUAAGUCUAAUAUAAUUGGUUUAGUUGAAAACAAUUUGAGUUUAUUUACAAAUUAGGAUGGUGUGGUCUUUAAUUCUCCCAAAAGCAGUCAGUUCAAAGAAAUGUCCUAUGAUCAAGGAAUGCAAUAACAUUCCUCGUCUAUCAUGAUUUGCCCAUAGAAUUAGAACGUUUUCUAACGCAGUUCAGUAGCCAGACAACUACGUUUCCCAUCGUCCUAUUCUAGAGAACGCUUGUUUCUAGGGCAACCACAAAUACAUGUUCAGAGACAGCCAGCCAACAACAUAAUCGGUCAAUGACUGUCUCUUGCUAUUGAAAAUAAAUAAUAACUAAACUGAAUGCAAGUGAGUGGGGGGAGAAAAAUAUAUUUUAAUAAUUGAAUGUAGGGAUGGCCUUGGCAUGGGGAAUUAUUAGGCUUGGUUGUUAGUUAGCUAUGUAGAAUAGUUGAAGUCAGGAAAGGUUUUCAAUCAAGGAAUGUCUGUCACUCUCUCGGUGUCUUCAACUGGCUAGACCUAGCUAGAUAACGUUAGAUAGCUAGCUAAACGGAUUAUACUAUUAAUUAAUGUAAGUAUGCUAUAGUUGAAAGUAUAGAUUGCUUUGAUUCUUAUAAUUUAACAUACAGUGUGGCUAAAUUAACUACUUCAACUAAUUGGAUAUCUGUCUGCUAUAUUACAGAAACUGGUGCAGGCUCAUCUUUGGCCAGGGAGACAUGUCUCUGAGUCUGAGACACCACACCAGAGGCAUAGUGCAGCAGGACAAUGCUAACUAUGAAGUUUGUGCAGGGGAUGCAGACUCAAGCUGCUCCUCAGGCCAGUCCACCCUGUCCAGGUCAAGCAGGGGAUACAGCAGUAGGACAGUCAGCAGGGAAGACUCUCAGGGGUCAUGCACCCAGUCAGACUACGAGGAGGAGGCUGACACUACUGCAAAUAGGACCUUUGCCCUCUCACCAAGCAAGAAGCCAGGUCUUGGCACGAUGACAGCCAAAGCACUUAGUAUGUGAUAUUUCAUAUCUUCUCAUUACUACAGACAGCCUAGCUAUAAUAGCCUAGCUAUAAUGACGUACAGUGCAUUCGGAAAGUAUUCAGCCCCCCUGACUUUUUCCACAUUUUGUUACGUUACAGUCUUAUAUUAAAAUUGAUAAAAUUGUUUUUUUCCUCAUCAAUCUACACACAAUACCCCAUAAUGGCAAAGCAAAAACUGUUUUUUAGAUUUUUUUGCAAAUGUAUUUAAAAUAAAAAAUGGAAAUAUCACAUUUACAUAAGUAUUCAGACCCUUUACUCAGUACUUUGUUGAAGCACCUUUGGCAGCAAUUACAGCUUCGAGCCUUCUUGGGUAUGCUGCUACAAGCUUGGCACACCUGUAUUUGGGGAGUUUCUCCCAUUCUUCUCUGCAGAUCCUCUCAAGCUCUGUCAGCUUGGAGAGAUGUUCAAAAGGGUUCAAGUCUGGGCUCUGGCUGGGCAUUCAGAGACUUGUCCCGAAGCCACUCCUGAAUUUUGUCUUGGCUGUGUGCUUAAGGUCAUUGUUCUGUUGGAAGGUGAACCUUCGUCCCAGUCUGAGGUCCUGAGCGCUCUGGAGCAGGUUUUCAUCAAGGAUCUCUCAUUACUUUGCUCUGUUCAUCUUUCCCUCGAUCCUGACUAGUCUCCCAGUCUCUGCCGCUGAAAAACAUCCCCACAGCAUGAUGCUGCCACCACCAUGGGAUUGUGCCAGGUUUCCUCCAGAUGUGACGGUUGCAUUCAGGCCAAAGAGUUCAAUCUUGGUUUCAUCAGACCAGAGAAUCUUGUUUCUCAUGAUCUGAGAGUCCUUUACAUGCAUUUUGGCAAACUCCAAGCGGGCUGUCAUGUGCCUUUUACUGAGGAGCGGCUUCUGUCUGGCCACUCUACCAUAAAGGCCUGAUUGGUGGAGUGCUGCAGAGAUGAUUGUCAUUCUGGAAGGUUCUCCCAUCUCCACAGAGGAACUCUGGAGCUCUGUCAGAGUGACCAUUGGGUUCUUGGUCACCUCCCUGACCAAGGCCCUUCUCCUCCGAUUGCUCCGUUUGGCUGUGUGGCCAGCUCUAGAAAGAGUAUUGGUGGUUCCAAACUUCUUCCAUUUAAGAAUGAUGGAGGCCACACUGUUGCAGACAUUUUUUGGUACCCUUCCCCAGAUCUGUGCCUCGACACAAUCCUGUCUCGGAGCUCUACAGACAAUUCCUUCGACCUCAUGGCUUGGUUUUUGCUCUGACAUGCACUGUCAACUGUGGGACCUAAUAUAGACAGGUGUGUGCCUUUCCAAAUCAUGUCCAAUCAAUUGAAUUGACCACAGGUGAACUCCAAUCAAGUUGUAGAAACAUCUCAAGGAUGAUCAAUGGAAACAGGAUGCACCUGAGCUCAAUUUCGAGUCUCAUAGCAAAGGGUUUGAAUACUUAUGUAAAUAAGGUAUUUCAGUUUGUUAUUUUUUAUACAUUUUCAAAAAUUUAUAAAAAACAGUUUUUGCUUUGUCAUUAUGGGGUAUUGUGUGUAGAUUGUUGAGGACAAUUUUUUAUUUAAUCCAUUUUAGAAUAAGGCUGUAACGUAACAACAUGUGGAAAAAGGGAAGGGGUCUGAAUACUUCCCGAAUGCACUGUAAGUGUAGGCCUAUAGGCCAAGAUGGUUUGCUGCAUAUUCCAAUGUAAGCAUCACACUUAGGUGCUUUUUUCCUCUCAGCGCAAAACAAGAGAGGGCAGUGGUGCAAAAAUAAGAAAAACACUGAUUCAAGGAAACGCAAGGCCCCUCUCUUCCCUCCAAUCAAGCUCCUGGAGGGCUCAAACCAGCGCAUCAGGUCUGCCCACAGGCACCGCAUUGAGGAGCUCAACAGCCAAGUGUGGGAGCUACAGCAGCAGCUGAGUGGUGUCUCCACAGAGAACAAGCUGCUGAAGCAGCUCCAGGGCCGCCACAUGCUGGCGCUACAGCACUUCCAGGAUUCACAGAGUGGCCUUCCCCAGGUACGCUGCAGUUUUUCUUUCGGGCUUUAAUAACUGAUCUAUAACAAACUCAUCAGAUAACAACAAUCAUCUGAUUUUGUAGCAUUGGCUAAGGUCAUAAUGUUUUGCACCCACCCACACCCUCAGGUCCUGGCCAAGCACGGCAGCGAGGUGCGCGGUCUGCAGGAGCUCCUGCGCAAAGCCCGCAUCCGCCGCAACAGUCUGUCCAGGCAUCUGAGGGGCACGGAGGAGGAGCUGCUGCGCACCAAGGAUGCUCUGCAUCGGCUGCAGCUGCUCAGCGAGGACCGCAGCCUGGAAGAGAGGGAAGAGCUGAGCCACAGGCUGGCCCUGAUCACUGUGGACCUGAACAGGAAGAACAAGAGGAUACAGGUACAGUACAUGCACUCACAUGGCAGGGCUGACUCCAUGUUCACAGGCCAGGUGGAUGUCUGUAUUGAAACUAAUUGGGUUUUCAACUCUGUCCAUUUGUAUUGGUCUUCUACGGGGAGACCAAUAUAGAUGGACAGGGUCAAUACAGUUAUGUUAGAUUGAUACUGUACACAUAGUAUCACAAUGUUAUACCUGUAGUGAAACUUAAAUAUAUUGUGUGUCGCAGGACUUGGAAAGAAAUCUUGAGCUGAGACAGAUAUCCUUCAAUCGCCAUCUUGCCACAGAAACAAGGAAGACCAAUGAGGCCAGAGAGCUGUCUGAUUACCUCCAGGCACAGAUCAGUUUGUCGACCAAAAAAAUCAAAGUAAGUUUAUAAGUACUUGAGAGCAGCAACAUACACAGAGUAUAAAACACAUUAGGAACACCCCCCCCCCCCCCCAACCUUGUCAGUCUAUGUCAUGGAAGGAGCAGGUGUUCAUAAUGUUUUGUACAAUCAGUGUAGGUAAACUGUUCCAGAUCUGAGUAGUUUUGGAGUGUAGUGUUGUUUGAAAGAGUGACAGUCAUUUAACUCGCAGUACUGCAAUGUAAACACAAGAGGGAGUCUAAUACAGCUGUAUUUCUGAAGGCAUAAUUGAAGCUAAAUACUCAUUUUCCCUCUUGUAAACGCUACGCCAUGCCCACGGACGUUAGUUUCUUCUCAGCAAUGAGCCUGGAUCGGAGUACCUCCCCAAUGAUUUUUAGAAUGCAAACACAUUCUAACCGUUCUGAUUGGUCCCAGAAACCGAUUUGUUGGGCCAGAGUCAGAACACGCAUGGGUAAGGCGGCGUUUUGAAAAAUUGUCAUUGGCUUUGAUUCUCUAAUUGGUUAGAAAUUAUCCAAUCGCUGAUUACUUUGUUUAGUACAACACCCCUCAUUUUGACUUCACCACAAACUACGGCAGUCUCAGACUGAAGUAUGUAGCGAACAGAAGAGCAGCAGACUAAUUCAGUUUGAGUCGUCAGGCAACUGGCAACAAACAUGCCUGGUAACAGAUAUCAGGAUGAUACAUUUAUUGUACAUAUUGCAUUCUUGAGAAAUGGCUAACUGACGCAUUUAACAUGAAAUAUAGGAAAAAGAGAGAGAAUUGGAGAUCCACAAUAUCUACUCACAUAGAUUUCCAAAAGGCUGGAACGGAAAAGGUACAAAGACAUUAUGAGCUACUUUAAUUUUAACCUGUACAACCCAUGAUCCAGAUCGGACUAUUUGUUUUUACUUGAGGCUGAAUAUCUUUUCCCAUUUACAGGGGCAAGAGAAACUAAAUCUGUUCAAACAGAUGACUUAUCCUCUCUCCCCAUCGAGGCUCCAUGCCAACUUGAACUAGAAUAUGCCAGUUCACUUGAACAUCUGGAGUUGGAGAAGCAGAAGAGUUUGAGCUGGGUACGUUCAUGGAUUUCGUUCUCUCUCACAUUCUUUGCAGAAAGCUGUAUAAAUGGGUAACGGUCAAUAAAACAUUUAUUCAAUAUUGACCGAUAGAAGCAAAAGAGUAACUCCUUGAUAAAAGUUUGUGUAGUGAGUUCCAGUGUAAAGUUGAUAUCUGGUUGUUUUUUUCAGGAGUCCUUUGCCAUCGACUUCACAGACAGAAGUGACGCAGCAGACACGUCAGUGGAUGACAGAGGAUCAAACGAUAAUGAAGACUAUGCUGGUAAGGAUUUUUUAAAAACUUUACUACAGCCUAUUGGGACUACCAAUGAACAGAUGCGAAGCUAAGUGGAUAUUGAGGAAAUAAAUGGUUAAAUUACACUCUGAAGAGUCUGGUAUGUACUCUCCAGUCACAGAGUAUAUGCAAACAAGACAGCAAACUCCCAAACAUUGGGAGUAAUUAAAGCUCACGUGUCAUAGUAAUUAACAGGACUGAAAUAACCUUUCCUGUGUCAUGUUAUAUCCACAAAAAAAGCCAGGGGAUUGACAACCCUAAAUGUUUUUCAAAAGUGCAAGCAACUAUCAUAUUUAUCCACAGAGGAUGGAGAGUUGGAUGGUGGUUCUGAGGAGGAUCCACAGCUUCAGGGUGAGGAGAAUUGCCUUGCAGAGAAGGCAGCGAGUUCCCCAAAGGCUUCAGGAGAGCAAACAGAGCCAUUUGAAAGCCAGGUCCGGUACACUCCGGAGGACUUUCUUAAUACAGAACGUGCCAACAAGGCCCUUGAAUCCUCUCCCAGGACCAAGCGCCUCUACAAAUUCAAAGAAACCAUCCAGAACCUACACAGUGGAAAGCCUGCCUAUACCAGCCAUACCCACAGCCUGAGAAAGAGCCCUCCUAGAUACAUCAAGAGCCAGGCCAGGGUGGAGAACCUGGGGUCUGGGGCGUAUGAGCCCUCCUUUGUCACUAUACCAGCAGACACCACGGGCCCUCAACCGGAGGAAGGCGUAGUCCGCAGCAAGAAGAGCAGCUUGAUGAAAGAGCUUUUCGGCCAGGCCCCAAUCACUGAUCCAAUGGCCAUGCAGAAAGGCAGAUCCAGAGUUCAAAGCACGGACCUGGACAGAAUGUCAUCUUACCAUACAGGAGACACUAGCCCGGUCUCACCUGGGAGAGAGACCAAGAUCAUUUUUGAUUGA